GCAGUUCUCAACUCCUCUGAUACGGGCCCUUCCAUUCCGCCAGAUACGUCUCCGGCUCCCCCUUUCAUCCCAUUUAAUCCUCUCAUUCCCGUCUCGGGUCUAUUUCUCUAUCACAUAUAGCAUUUGGGCGCCAUGGUUGCUUCUGCUGUCCGGAUGCGCGCUCCCAGCGCCAUGUUCCUCUCCAAAGGCGCCCUCUCCCUGAAGCGGCCGCAAACUGUUCACAGAUUCAAGGACAUCGCUCAAUCUCAAUUGCCUUCCCUGUCCGCCCUUUCCCGUUUUUAUGCCUCCAAGUCCUUCCCUCCCCACACUGUCAUCAGCAUGCCGGCCUUGUCGCCGACCAUGUCCGCCGGAAACAUUGGAGCUUGGCAGAAAAAGGCCGGUGAUUCCCUGCAGCCCGGUGAUGUUCUGGUAGAGAUCGAGACCGAUAAGGCCCAGAUGGACUUUGAGUUCCAGGAAGAGGGUGUUUUGGCCAAGGUUCUCAAGGAGACUGGCGAGAAGGACGUCGCUGUCGGUUCUCCUAUCGCUGUUUUGGUUGAGGAAGGUGUCGAUGUUGCCGCUUUCGAGGCUUUCAGCCUGGCGGAUGCCGGUGGUGAGAAGGCUGCUCCUGCUGCUGAGGAGAGCAAGCAGGAGUCCAAGGCCGCUGAGGCUGCCCCGGCUUCUGAACCCGCCCCUGCUGCCGUGGAGCCUGAGACUUCCGGCGAGAAACUCCAGCCCAGUCUGGACCGUGAGCCUUCCAUCAGCCCUGCUGCCAAGGCCCUGGCUUUGGAGAAGGGUGUGCCGAUCAAGGCUCUCAAGGGUACCGGCCGUGGUGGCCAGAUCACUAAGGAGGACGUUGAGAAGUACCAGCCCAGUGCUUCUGCCGGCCCUACCUACGAGGAUAUCCCCCUGACCUCCAUGCGCAAGACCAUUGCUAGCCGCCUCCAGCAGUCCGUGCGCGAGAACCCUCACUUCUACGUCUCCACCACUUUGUCUGUGAGCAAGCUCCUCAAGCUUCGCCAGGCUCUGAACGCAUCUUCCGAGGGCAAGUACAAGCUUUCCGUCAACGACUUCCUCGUCAAGGCCUGCGGUGCCGCCCUCAUGAAGGUCCCCACCGUCAACUCCAGCUGGCACGAGGAGAACGGCCAGACCGUCAUCCGUCAGCACAAGACCGUCGACGUCAGUGUUGCCGUCUCUACCCCCAACGGCCUCAUCACCCCUAUCGUCAAGAGCGUUGAGGGCCGUGGUCUGUCCAGCAUCUCCAACCAGAUCAAGGACCUGGGCAAGCGCGCCCGCGACAACAAGCUCAAGCCCGAGGAGUACCAGGGUGGCACUUUCACCAUCAGCAACAUGGGUAUGAACCCUGCUGUUGAGCGCUUCGCUGCCGUCAUCAACCCCCCUCAGGCCGGUAUCUUGGCUGUUGGUACCAUCCGCAAGGUUGCCGUCCCCGUCGAGACUGAGGAGGGCACCUCCGUCGAGUGGGAUGACCAGAUCAUCGUCACUGGUAGCUUCGACCACCGUGUCGUCGAUGGUGUUGUCGGUGCUGAGUGGAUCAAGGAGCUGAAGAAAGUUGUUGAGAACCCCCUCGAGCUUCUUUUGUAAGCUCUUCCCUACACUGUGGAACUUCGACCGGCGCAGUAUACUAGCUAUCUACGAUCGGAGUUUCUUUUGGCCUUGUUGUAAUAUGUAUUAAAAUCAUUGAACGUUUCCUCCUUUCACGACCGUCACGGUCUGUCAAGUACAGCCUAGAUAUUCUCAAUGCAUUUCCUAUGUCCCGUACUUCCAUGAUGUUAAGCCUUGCAGGAUGUUUUGGACCAUGUUAUUGGCCGCACAGGUUGUACCUGAUACUUGAACCAGCCCC